CGACGACGGCGACGGCGACGACAGCGGCGACGACAACGACGAGGCCCCCUCGCCCGCGCCCCCGCCUCCAGCACCCUUCCGGUCUUCCGGCGGGGCGGUGGUUCCCUUCUUGCGGGAACCCUUGCGGCCGCGCGCGCGGGCGCGCGGUCUUCUUCACGAGGCGGCCCCGACUGAGGCCAUGAGGGCGGCCGCGCGGCGCCUUCUCCUGGCCGCGGCGGCCGCGGCGGCGGCCGCCGCGCAGAACGCCGGGCGCACGCAGGUGCUCGACCCGUGCUGGAGCGCCGCGGACCCCGCGAGGUGCCGCUACGAGGCGAUGCAACUCUACGUCCAGAGGCAGCGCCUGGCGCAGCAGGCCCCCCCGCAGGGCCGGGGCGCCUUCGCCGCAGCGUGGCCGUACCCCGCGCCGGGGGCCGUCGGCGGGCAGGGUGCCGGGGCCGGCGCGCCGGCCGGGCCCGCCGCGUGGCGGGUGCGGGAGGAGGAAGCAGGCCAGCCUUGCGCCACCUACCUCAGCGACCCCGAGUGCGACAGGAGGCAGCAGGUGGCCGCCCUGAAGGUCGCGUUGGAGGAGCUCGAGGGCCAGCCGCCCCCCCCGCGGGCGCUGGACGGCCCCCUCGAGGCCCUCGAGGCGGCCCUCGAGGCGCUGCAGCCGGGCGCGCUGGCGCUGUUCCGCCGGGGGCACCUGGCCUCCGCGAUCAACGCCGUCGGCGCCCCGCCCGCCGAGAGUGCGCGCGCGGCGGCCGCGGCGCGCGCGCUGGCUGGCGUCCGCUGGCAGCCCGGCAGCGCAGCGGGGGCGGCGGUGGCGGGGGCCCUCGCCGAGCUGCAGGCCGUGGCGGCCGCUGGCGGCGCGGGCGGCGCCGUGUCGUUCUUGGGCCGCAUCGCCACCACGGUCCAGCGCUGGAUCCCGUGGAGCAGCGCGGGCGGCGCCCGCACCGGAGCCUCCGUGUGAGCUCUGGUGCCCAGCGCGGGGCAGCCGACGAGCAGGUCUGAGGCCGCGUCGCGCAGAUCCCAGCGCGCGGCGCGCGAUUGCCCAGGGGGUGAUUCGGCGGCUCGCGCAGGGGGGGAAGGGAGAGGAGAGCAGGAGAUGUGAUCCAGCAGGCUCGCGCACUUUUUCCAAGGAAGCCGGGUGUUCGCAUCGCGCUGGAAGAGCAGCCAUUCUUCCAGUCUCUGGCUGAGCUCUGUACUCUUGCCGAGCUGGAUAGAUGCGAGGCUACUGGCUGUGUUCGAGCAGGGUUUGCUGAAUAGCCUUCUCGAUCUAGUGCGAGUGCACAUAUUGCCAAGCACAAGCAACGCUUGGAUUUGACGCGUUUUGUGAUAGAUUUUGAUCUAGCCGAUAGGACAGCUACGAUUGUGGUGUCCCGUCAGGCUUUCCAGACAAAUCUGCCAUAACGCAGCUCUUUAAUUGCACCAUGUAUGAUCUGUCAUUAUGCAGCACUUUGAUACAGGCAAGAUGUAGUAAUAUGCCCCUACAGCGAACUCGCAGGGGGGAUUGUUUCACCCGUCUCGCGCAGUCGCUGCAAACCGUGCACCAGCAGCGGCCGAGGUGGCAGCGAUAUCUCCAGAGGAGGAGAACAUCGAGGUGAGUUCAGCAAAAAAUUGUCGGC